UCACUUGUAUACCCACGUGUCCGAGACCAACCGCAAUAAAGGAGCACAGAGCCCCGGACCCCGAGCUGCCAUGAGCUUCAUCCUCCACGGCCACCAGACGACAGAAGCGGAGCGAGAAGAGAAGCGCGCGGUAAGGAGCUUGCACGUACGGGUAGAUAGCUAGGUGGCUAGCCUGAGGAUCGAUCGGACCAGAUGAUCCCCUACGCAACCACGGCGGAGGCGGAGGCGGCGCUGGGGCGCGCCAUGACAUGGGCGGAGGCUGCGUGGUACCAGUACUCGGCGGCGAUGCCAGAUUCCUGGCUCCACUGCCACACCACAUUUAUCCUCUUCGUCAUCUACACGAUCACGCCGCUGCCCCUCGUGGUCCUCGAGCAGUUUGCUCCCUCCAUCGUGCUGCCGUACAAGCUGCAGCCCCGGGUACGGCUGCCGCUGGCGGCCUCCCUCCGCUGCUACAUGGAAGCGGCGUGCUUCUUUCCCCUCGCCGUCGGCUUCCAGCUCGUCUCCUACCCUGCCGCUGUCAAGAUACUGAGGACUCGAAUGGGACUGCCGUUGCCGUCGGUCAGGGAGACAAUUGCGCAGCUUGUGGUAUACUCUCUCAUGGAGGACUACCUGAGCUACUGGAUCCACCGUCUUCUGCACACCCAGUGGGGCUACGAAAAGAUCCACCGCGUCCACCAUGAGUUUACGGCUCCCACAGGCUUCGCCAUGUCAUACAGCCACUGGGCUGAGAACCUCUUCCUUUCCAUCCCCGCCUUGGCUGGCCCAGUCAUUGUGCCAUGCCACAUCACCACGCAAUGGCUCUGGUUCUGCAUCCGCCUAAUCGAGGGCAUCAACACGCACAGCGGCUACCACUUCCCAUUCAGCCCUUCCAAGUUGAUUCCCUUCUAUGGAGGCGCCGAAUACCAUGACUAUCAUCACUACGCAGGAGGGCGCAGUCAGAGCAACUUUGCUCCUCUUUUCACCUACUGUGAUUAUAUAUACAGGACAGACAAAAAAUCGCGUCCAUCUGAUGUGUGUGAAUUGGUUCAUCUUUGUGUUUUUCUUCGAAAAUAUGUUGCCUUCUCACGAAGGAGUUGUUACACUAUUUUCCUAGAAGUGGCUCAGAACAAGUAUUUAGGCUACAGAUACCACAAGUUAAAGCAAGCGAAGCUCAAGAGUCUGGAAGAAAAUAAUGUGGAGAAGAAAGGAGGCAGCACUGCAUUCAACACCGUUCAGGACUGAGAUACUUUUGUUCCUAAACAGUGGGUAUAAAUAGUUUGUUACUAUUAUUACCGGUUUUGUUCGGAUGGGAGAUCUACAAAUAAAAAAUCUCUAUUUACUGCAGAGGCUCUUGAUUGAUGGACGAACAAAUGUACACUUGUAAUAUCUCUACUGUUCUGUAUCUGGCAAUAAUAAAUAUAGUUUGUAUAAUUUAUGUAUAUGUAAGAGAAUAUUGCGUCAA